AUGACUCUUGCAACACCUGUAGCUAAUGCCAUAACAGCGCAAGUUCCGGUAACUUCUGUAGUAACGACAACGACAGCGACUCCCUUGUCAGCUGUUAAGCCUACAUCAGUAGCUACACUACCAACUGAAAUGUCAACAGUUAUUGAUGUAUGCCCCAAUACAAAUAAUUGUCAGAUUAUUGCUAGAACAUCGGUCACUGGGAUAUUAACUACAUGUACAGCGACAUAUGGUACAACAGAAACUAUUUCAGCAGCUACUGAUAAAAAAAUAUCAAAAUACACCAUUACAACAUUUAUACAAACUAUCACUGAAAUAUAUCCAGGAUAUGUGACAACUAUAACUACUUUAAGUAACGGUGUAUUAAUGACUUACUCCACAUAUUAUCCACCAACCACUUCCGUUGUGUUGCAAACUGUAACUGGUAUAGUACCUGUAGAAGAUUCUUUUAUAGGAACUUCUAGUGAUGUGGGUACUAAUUUUAAAGAUAGAAAUGGUUUAAUAAAUAUCGUGCUUAGUUUGUGGAUUGUAAUGUGGAGUCUAGUAUAUAUGAUUUCAUUGUAA